AUGCCUGGUGUUGGAGAGGCAGGAGACAACCGCGUAUCCACGGGCACCACAACAGCACCUCCCUCGUACGAGGUUUCGAUCGACCUGGGACAGAUCAUCAAGGACACGGGCGAUGGAAUGGCUCUGUUGCGUCGCGAUUUCUAUCAUGUCAAGGCACAUGCAGAAGUCGUGCCUCAUUUGGCAAGCUCAAUCUCCAGUCUGCAGCAGGAAGUGGAGGACUUGAAGGCGAUGAUGGAUAUCAACAUGAAGGCCAUGUGCGAGCGGCUGAAAGUGCCGUUCACGAGCUGUGAAGAGGUGCAGAGCAGCAGACGGCGAGAAGAGGCUGCAGCACUCGCGGGAAGCCGUUGGCAGCGAAGAGUCGACUAUAAAGCGCAGUCAUCCGCGCCGAUGUGGAAAGCGAGCAGAAGAGGGAGUGGAGGCAGUGAGUGA